AUGACAAGCUCCCCUUCCGUAGAGGAGCGCAGGAGACUUAUCUGGGCGGGCGUCUACCGUAAACUGCUCCAGUACGCCGUCCCCGACUCUCGUUUCCACUACGACUUUCUUUCCUUCACGCCCGAUUUCCGUGGUUCGUCGUCCGCUAUCGAUCGCGUCGCCGAGUUGCCGUCCUACAAAUCUGCAAAAACAAUCCUCGUGUUGCCGGACAAUAGCUUGGAGCAGCUGCGAUGCAGGGCGCUGGAAGAUGGGAAAAAAGUGCUGGUAGCGACGUAUAGGCUGCGUAGGGGCUUCGUUUUGCUCGAUCCAGCACGCAUUAGCGAUGACAGGUAUAGGCUGGCAGCAUGUCUGGACGGUAUGGAGAAAGCUGGUCGGCCUGUCACGCUCGCGCAGCUGCGAGAUGAAGGUCUCAAGGUAGACAUGUGCGUCAUUGGUGGGCUGGUGUUUAACGAAAGAGGCGUUACAAUCUGGGAGGGACAGUCGCUGUUCGAAGUGCAAUGGGCGUUGCUGCAGGACAUCGGGACUCUCGAUGCAAAGACGCUCGUCGUGGCUGUGGCGCAUACAUGUCAAGUUGUUGAUGAAGCGCAACUUGGUCUUGAGAGUAUCACACCGGGUAAAACUGGCGAGGUGCAAUGCGAUUUCGUUGUUACGUCGGAGCGGGUGAUCGAAGUUGACAGCGCAGUCAAGUCUACUGGUGGGGUGAACUUUGAUGCUGUAGAUCCAGACGCAAUCAACAGCAUCCCGCCACUACAAGAGCUCAAGGGUAUACGCAUGAUGGAGCAGAUCAUGCAGGGCGAGGGUUUUGGCCAACAGAAAGAGAAAGCGGAGCCGAAACCACCUAGUGCAGAAGAACAGAUGGGCAUCUCUUUCGUAGAGAAGCUGAUGAAGGAGUACAACUUCUGA